AUGAGGGAACAGGGCCCUGGCCCUGGCAAGCAGCAGGCAGGCUCAGGGACCCUCCAAAGAGAAGCUCAAUCUCCAGAGCUCCCUAAUGCGGCAGCAUCUUUUCCAACCCAGCAGGAGACCCCAGCUCCGUCUCCAGCAGAGGUAGAAUCUUCUGCAACUUUGCAGGAGCAACGAGCUCAGCCUCCAGAGCCUUCUUCUGGGGAGGUGGAACCUUCUCCAACUCAACAGGAACAGCCAGCUCAACCUCCAGAGCAUAAUGAAGUGACAGCUUCAACUCCAAGUCACCAUCCUCAGCAUUCAAACUCAUCCAGUGUCACUGGCAAACCUCAUCCAGACGAAGAAUUUAAACCGCCUGCAACCCGGCGGGAAAUCACAGCUCAGCAUCCAGAGUCUCCUGCUGAGGCUGAACCCUCUCCAGCUCAUUCUCAAGAGCAUGAUGUGACAACAGUUUCUCCUCCAGGUCAGGAUCAAGCUCGGUCUCUGCAGAGGUCCAGUGUCACUGUUAAACCUGUGGAUCUUGCAUUUACCGUAACUCCAAGGUCCACAAAUGAAGUUGAACCUUCUCCACCCCAAGAGGCUCCGGAUCAGCAUCCAGCCCCCUCUGAAAAUGCUGAACCUUCUCCAGUCCAGCAUGAGCACCCAACUCAGCCUCCAGAGACUUCUACAGAUGUUGCAGCUCAACCUCCAGUACAUAAUGAGGUGACAUUCUCACCUGUAGGUCCAGAUGGAGCUCAGCAUUCAGUGAUGCCUAAGAUCACAGUUAAACCCCUGGAUCUAGCAGUUAUCAUAACUCCAGAGCCUAUAAGGAGGCUGAAAAUUCUCCAGAGCAGCAGGAGGACUCUGCUCCUUUUCCAUUUUCCCCCAAGCACGUUGAAUUUUCUCCAGUCCAGCCCAAGCAUCCGUCUCAGUCUCCAGAGUCCUGCCCUUUCAUGGCAUGUCCUACACUGAGUAAAAGGCCAGGUCCCCGUGUUUCAGGUGUUGUCCUCACCUCACUUGACUUCUGCCCUUUCUGUUCCCUCUGGGCUUCUGUGCUCUCACGGAUAUAGCUUCGGCUUUCCAUAGGUCGGUAUCCCAC